GCGGAGACGAUUACAUCCACAUAUGUCGACAAUGUGGCCAUCAUUGGAGGCACCAAGUCUAAUGUCGAGAACCGUGUGCACCUGGCUGGCAUUGCGCUUGCUCGGCGGGCGAAGGUCGACAUGGGUGAUUCUGCCACACGGGGGUACGCCAUGAUGACCAGUUGGGCUCCACCGGACAAGAUUCGUGCAGCGCGCCGCUUCCGAGAAAAGUGGCGCUAUGUACCGAUGCCGGACUCGCUGAGGGAGAUCAUGCAAAAGGAGAAGAACCCUAUGAAAGACUCGAUUGUUUACGACUUCGGAGUCUUGGAGGAUGGGGUACGCUCCACCUGCCCUUCAAGGAGUGCAGACGGGUUGGGCCUGGGAACUCAAUAUGCAAAAUGGUUGCAGGAAGCUUUGCAGGAGGGAUCAUGGUUGAGAACAAGUGCCAUGGUUUCACAGUUCCGAGCCAAAAAGACCAUCCGAGAGGAUGUUGAGUUUCCUGCUUUGGUGCCGCCGCUUGAUCCUGAGCUUGUCGAUGAGAGGAAGUUCACACUGCUUUGGGCGAAGUCUUGGAAAAAUUCGGCCGAACAUAUUGGCAUGAAGGAAGCAAGAGUAGCUCUCAGUAGCUUGAAGCGCACAGCUCGGGUCGCCUCCUUGGCCGGUUUGAAGAAGCUCACCCUUUCUGACAACCUCCCCGCAGUAUUGUGCUAUGAAAAGGGCAGAUCCUCUCGGCCAGGUCUAAUUCGACUAUGUCGGAUCGCUGGGGCAAUCCAGGCUGGUUUGGGUAUACGUUGGAGGUUACGGCAUAUUGAAACAAAGCGGAACCUAGCUGAUGCUCCCUCCUGCUGGUUUGAGGGCAAGAGAGUUGAUGCUGCAGUUCGUGGCGCCAAGACAUCCACGCAUACCUCAGUGAGCAGUUUAGGAGAAGGAAUUGAUGGUACCAAUCAGGCAGUUUCCAGCAGAGAUUUGAAUUUGACGCCGCAUGACCUUGUCCAGCUUAAUUUGUUUGAUGCACUUUGCGACCCUUCAUCAGAUGGCGGAGGUGAAGAACGCUGUGGAGAAUGUGGUCACACCGUGGCCGAAGCCCCUCACAUGAGGUUGCACGUCUAUGCCAUGCUCAUGAUCUACACUGGCACCGCGUCGGGCUCCAGACGUAGACGAUCGCUGUGUGCUGCCAUUGAAGUGGUGCCGUUAAAGAAGCUCAGGGUGUCGCAGUUGAAGCCCCAAACUCAAAGGCUGUACAAUGAUGCAGUUACAGAGUUCGAGGCGUGGUGUAAGGAUCAGCAGAAAUCAAUGAGAAAUCACAAGGAUAUAGAUGAAGCUUUGACCCUCUUCACACAGGAGCUCUGCCAAGAUGCAAGAUGUUUCACAGAUGCUAGUUAUGCAGUUUUUGGCUGGAUCGCGUUGCGGUCCACCUUACACAUGGCCGAAAAGGAGCAACUGCCGUUCGCUAAGCAAGCCCUCAAAGGCUGGCGGUCUCGGUUCCCGAUGCAAUCGAGAGCUGGCGUAGAUUUGAAGCUCUGGGACCUGAUAGCGCUAGAAUGCGCAAAUCAGAGACACCGUGAGACGGCGGCUGCAAUCCUCAUACAGGGAGAUACCUACCUUCGUCCGUGUGAAAUUCUGGGCUUGAAAAGGGCUAACGUGCUCCAACCACAGGCAGUGAGACGAGCUGAGGUUUGGGGGGUCGUCAUUGCUCCUUUUGAAGGGGGAGUACCGACAAAAGCCGGAGAGUUUGAUGACGUGGUCCUUCUGAACUCAUCUGAUCGGCGGGAUACUAAUGCGGUGAUGAAAGCAAUAUAUGUGGCUUCUAAGAACCAUGAGUUGCUCUUCCCCAACCUCACUUACAAAAAGUACUGUGAACACAUCGCUGAAGCGGCAAUCCGAGUCGGCCUCAAAGAUCUCAAGCUCACCUCCCACAUCCUCAGGCAUUCUGGCGCGUCGCAUGAUGCUUACCACCAACUGCGGGACUUUCAAGCAAUACAAGAACGCGGGAGUGCGAAGCCAGCUAAGAAUGCCCUGCCCCAAUGGUUGGCGCUGUACACAGUGCUAUCAGGGAAGACCGAGCAUGCUGAAGUUCGGAUGUUGUGCCGGGCCACCGACUUGCAUGAAAACUGGGCCGGGGCGUCCCCGGCCGAGCUGAGCGAGUGUGACCAGUGGCCGACAUUUGAUGGGCAGUGCUGGGGAGGCUUUGCUGCCCGAGCUGCGGCUGCAGAAAGGGUGGUUGUUGCAGGUUCCAGCGUCCUUAAGCAUCCUGUCCCAGACAGAGUCAGUGAGCGUGCGGGAAACUUGAUUGCAGGUUUGCGCAUCCAGGUCUCUGAAGCCCCCAGGAUACCGCAGCAAGACGUUGAGGAGUACGAACCUGAACCUUCUGAUCACAACGUCGAGCCUGAGAGAGGCAUGCCUGGCGCAAUUGCAAGAUGGAGUCGAGAUGUCUUGGCUUUGACCCCUUUGCAGGAGAUACAAAUCGUCAGGCUUAACUUCGCCAUGCAAAAUUCCGCAGAUAUGCCACUUGUGGUCACGUGCGUGGCCCGGUUCCUGGAGCCUUUGGCUGGGGGCGUUAGCCAGGAGACUCUGCAGAAGGUGCUGGCAUCUGUCCCUGGUCGGUUCCAAAUCCAAACUCACAUGCUGCGGUUAGACUGGCUGCACAUGUUUCACAGACAGUGCCUCAUGGCAGAACAAGUUGGCCGUGAGAACAUUGCUGUGAGCAGAUAUUUGAGCGUGGAUGCUAGUCCACAGGGCGGGUACGAGUACCUUGCCAUGACUGAGGAAGUGAUCGUAAGAGCGCUGCCCAUCGCACCCCCUGCAAAUCCAUGGGCAGGGUUCCAGCAUGAGUUUCGCACAAUGCCUGUCAUGACAUUGGCGCGGGGAGAGACCCGAACAUUUGUGAAAGCCCAGAGGUUAAGGUCUGCCAUCAUCUUGGAGAAUGGUGAGGCGAACUUCCAGCUUUACAGGAAACAGGUGAAGGGUUGGAUCUCAGAUCAGGGCACUGAGCGAAGAAUUCCUGAAUGGCCUAUGGGCGAGGAGUCCAGCAUGAAAUCACUUGCAGCAUCCUUGCGGGAAGAGGUGUCUGGAGAUGCCCUGGCUGCUGGGACAGGGGAGGCUUUCCUCUUCAAUAGCUGCAAGCAUCCUGGCGUUCUGCACGUGCUCUUCAAUUCAUUGGAAGAGUGCUGCAAAGCCUGCCCCAGGUGGGACGUUGUGGAGAAGCAAGUGUCUGCCGUUUCGAAGCUUCUGACAGACAGAAGCUACAGGGAGAUCGUAGUAAGUGUCAUGAUGAAGCAUGCCACCGCGCAGCAGAAGCGCACAGUGCAGGGAUAUCAUGGUCAGCUGUUGUCCUGGAGAUGGGAAAGUCUGCAUGUGACGCUGAAGCACUAUCUAGAGGUGAGGCCCAUCCUUCUUCUGUACUGGAAUCGUGAGCUUCUGUCGUCAGAAGCUGCCCUGUGCGAUACUGUCGAUGCCGCCUUGCAAGAUCCAUUUCAUCUUGCCUAUGUGCAUUGGGCUUACAUGUUCGCCUGCUUCAUCCAGGAGUGGGCCCAUUGGUUUGAAGGGUGUUUUUGCCAUGAAGCAGAGCUGAAGGCAAGCAGGGCCCGGGCCAAGAUGAAGUGCCCUUGGAAAGGCAAACGAUCCUGUGUGCUGUGUGCUGGCUUUAAGGACGAAAUCGCCCAAUCUGUGUUUCGCCUAGCCAGCACGUCUUUCACAGAGGUCGCGCUGCAGCUGCCAACCGAGGUUGCUGCUGCAAUGGCAUUGAUGGACCAGCAGGCCCGCGAGAAGUGGGCAGCAAUCAUCAGAGAGAAGCUGGCUUAUCUGGAACAUGUUCCUCAUCUCCUCGCAGGGGCAUUUGCUCACCACGCCAUGCCAGACCAAUUUUCUUUGCAGCGCAGCAAGGAUAUUGUGCGGCAAUGUUUCAUCCAGUACGAGGCUCUGCAAGCUCAGGGCCGAACCACGGCCUUGCUAGAGCUUUUGUUUCACAGACGGGCAGACGCUGGGUUGGCCGAGCAGCUGUGGGCCUUUUGCGAGAGCCCCGAAGACAAGGUUUUGGAGGACUUUCCUUUGGCGUGGGCCGAAGUCCAAGACCGCGCCUUUUGCCCGCUCGUAGAGCGUAGCACCGAGCGUCAGCAUGUCUUGAUCAAGAUUGCGUGUCAGAGGACACUCCGACAUGCUGGGCCUGCAAUGACUUGUGUGCGGGCCCGCCGGAGCCAGCUUCAAGCCAUGAUCGAUGAUCCGCAGACAUGCAACUUCCUUGCGUCCAAGUGGCGCAUGCGCCACUUGGAUUGCCAGCUUCUCUCCCACAUAAUGCCGCGGGCGGAGGUUGUUACAAAGACACGUAGCUACAGGAUUUCGCGAAUCUAUGGCUACAGUGAGGAAGACCACUUCAUGGAUGAGUUUGUGGACGAGGAUGGCUGUGGCAAGGAGGCAGAGUGGGCCGAGGAUCUUGACCGGAAGCAGUGGAUGAUAGUGGAUUACUUGAAGAGCCAGCUGCGAACAGGCAUCGUGUUCAGCAUGCCUGAGAGCCUUUUUCAGGCAUUGCUGGGAGACACUUCCGGCGAGGAGUUGCAUGAAGAGCUUGUGUUGGAUCUUGAAAGUUUCGCCAAGGGAUUGCUCCCUACAGACAUCCCUGUGAUCCCUGCCGAGGACUUGGUUUAUGGGUGCAUCCUGGGCGCGAGGCCAGAGAGACGCACUCAAAACACAGUCCUGGCUCAAGGGAGCCGGAAGGGUGCUGUGCACGUGCUCCGCUUUACACAUGUAGAUCUCCAAGAUCCAAGCAUGCCUGGAGUGCUGUACAGCAGCAGCACGCGGCAUACCCUGAACUUUGCAAGGCUGGCUACAACCUCGUGCUUGAAAAUGCUGUCCUCCCAAGUGAGCACUUGGACGCCCAAAGCGACAUCAGUGCAAGUGCAUAUCUUGCCUGCGCAGCAGGAAGCAGGUUCACUUGCAAUUGCGCACGCCGCUGGUGCUACAACGGUCCACUUGCCCGCCUUCGUCACGGACGAGGAUAUGCUGCAGGAUCUGGUCCAAG